UCAGAACCAUGCUAACCCGGUAUAUUCUGGCCAGGUGUCUGUCAUAUGAUAUUGAUAGAACUAACUUAUCCUGAAGCCGCACUGCUUUCUGCUAAAAAGGAAGGACACUAAAACAGAUUGUUUCCUUCAAAAUGAAUAUCAGACAUAUUGUUGUCAUUGGAAUAUAUGUGUGCCUUUGUUUAAAGAGCACAGAUGGGCGUCAUAAACGUGAGACAGAAAAACUGAGAUUAUCUUUUAUGCAUGGUCCGUGCGAUCCAAAUCCGUGUCAGAAUGGCGGUACAUGCACGGUUGAUGGUACAGAUUACACGUGCAGCUGUACAAGUCAGUUCAGAGGAAGAGAUUGUGACAGUAAAGGAAAAUGUGACGCAGGAUGGCAUAUUUAUGGUGACAAAUGCUUCAAAUUCAGUUCUAGCACAAAAACCUGGGAAGCAGCUAAAAUUUCAUGCGUGAAAGAUUACAGUGGAUAUCUGGCAGAAAUCUACAGCGAAGAUGAAAAUAAUUUUCUUGAAUAUACUGGGAAAAAGAUAUCAUCAUUAACAUCGGGUGUUUGGUUUGGACUGAAGUGGCACAAUUACUAUGCCACAUACAUCUGGGUAACAACCGGCACUGUACAUACCUAUAGAAACUGGCUAGAGGGUUCUGGUAAAGAAUUUUCAAAUGUUUUCUGCUACAAGUUUGACCAAAGUAACGGGUUUUGGGAUGAACUUGACUGCUCUACGAGUUCUAACUACAUUUGUGAAAAGGAAGCGUCUGUAGACCCAUGUUUCCCCAAUCCUUGCCAAAAUGAAGGUACGUGCAUUGUAAAUGGAGCUGAUUAUACAUGUAAUUGCCAAUCUGGUUCCAAAGGGAAAAAGUGUGAGACAUCAGGCUAUUGUCAGGCAGGUUGGUCUCACUAUGGAAGAAAAUGCUACAAAUUCAGUUCAAAUACUAAAACUUGGGAAGCGGCUAAGCUUGCAUGUGUAGCAGACGAAGGUGCUUAUCUAGUAGAAAUAAUGAGUGCCGCGGAGAAUUCAUUUUUGCAGACGACCGGUAGCGCAAUUUCAACAUUAACGACGAGUGUUUGGUUAGGACUACAGUGGCACUAUACCAAGGACGAUUUCUAUUGGGUAACAUCUGGCACUCUAUACCCCUACAGAAAUUGGGGUAACGGACCCAGAUCACCAGAUUUUCAUUGCUACAAGUUAGGCUUAAGUCACGGGUAUUGGGAUCCCUAUGACUGCUCUACGAGUUCUGACUACAUUUGCGAGAAAGCCGCCACGGAUGAUCCCUGCACAGAACGCCCUUGCAAGAACGGAGGCACGUGCACAAGUCAAUCCGGCAGUUAUACAUGUACCUAAUUGUGAGCUUGCGCCCUAAUAAGAUCACAUGGAUGAGGAGAAGGACAAUAAUGACAGUGAUACACACAACUAACGCCGGAAUAAAUAUGAUUUACGAUAGAUAUGUCGACAUUGCAAAGUUUUAAUAAUAUUAAUCAAGCUUAUACAUGUUUAUUGUCCUUU